AUGGGGAUAAGCAAGGCUGCUAUUUCUAGAGCUGGUAGCCCCAUUAAUGGGGGUCAUUUUGUUACGUGCCUUGCAAGAUCCUAUGGUCUUCUUAUUCCACCUUUGACCCGGACAUUGACAUGCAAGCCCAGUGAUGAACUCACUAUAGGAUAUUUGGAGUCUAUACGUGUGGUAACGAAUGAGGGAUCACAUUGGAGUAUCCCGAUGGAUGAUGAUGUGGUACAUCAAGACCAACCCGCACCCAAACUGAGGCCUAGAGGGCGGAGGAAUGUGAGAGGUAGGGGUGACAGAGGACAACCGGUGCACCAAAAUGCACCCAUGGGAGGACCCAACUUUGGGGGAGACAUGUCGGGUUAUUAUGAUCAGUUGGCGUUAAGUGUGAAUUGGAUUGGUGGGAUGGUGAAAAAUUUGGUGCAGCACUUGCAUGAUGAGCAACCUCCUCAUUUGGGGUAUCAUUACCCAAUUUUCCCUAGGUGGAGUGGGUAUAGCAAUCAAGGAGAUGUAGCGGGAAUGAGUGGAGCCAAUGAAGACGAAGAAGAUGAUUGA